CCGAUGCAGACAGACGAGGGCUCCAAAUAUCACGUGCUAUCCGGUUGCAGUUUCCCUGUGACCGCGGUGAAACGGAGCAGACACGUCCCCGGAGCCCCAAGGUUUAGACUACUGCGAAGUGCCGAGACCGUCUCGUAAGCCUGCAAAUUGGAAAGCGCCUGCAGUGCCUCUGUUAAGCCACGCUGAAUAUACAUGCGAACGCCUUCCGCAACAACUGCUGUUACAAAUGCAAGCAGAACGCCAAUGUGAUCAUAAGAGAGACUACUUCGCCGCCUUGUAAACCAUGCACGUCUGACUGUGCUACCGCUCAGUUGGACUGAAUACUGGACAAGCAAGACUUCCAGCUGCAAAUUAAGUGAUCGUCGUGAUUCGGUGGGGUUAGAGACAUGGCGAGGUACGCAUUAAGCCUCCUCUUCAUCGCACUGUGUGCCUGGGAAACUAUUGUGGCGGGAUCUCUGACAAAGUGCGACCCUAGCCAGUGUAGCUUGCGCGACAACUGCUUGUGCCCAAGCACGCGACCACCGGCGAACCUGAGCGCCAGCAGCAUGCCCCAGUUCGUCAUGCUGACCUUCGACGACGCCGUCAACGAGGAAAACAUGGACUUCUACCGCCAGCUGCUCGGCCCGGGAAGACGCCGGAAUCGGGCCAACGGCUGCAACUUGGCCGCGACGUUCUUCGUGUCGGCCGGUUACACCGACUACUCGCUCGUCCACGAACUGCACAGCGUGGGCAACGAGAUUGCUAUCCACUCGAUCACUCACCGCUACAACCUCAGCUACUGGCGCACGCUGGACGUCGCCGGCUGGGCGGCGGAGUUCGUGGGCGACCGCGACCUGCUGCGCGACUACGCGUUGAUCCCCGAGCGUGACAUGGUGGGAGCAAGGGCGCCCUUCCUGGAGGCUGGCAACGGAGAAGCGUACGACAUGAUGCAGAAGAGCGGAUUCGUCUACGACUCUUCCGUCUGCAUCGACUACAUGAACGAGUCAGACAAGCUGCCCUUCUUCCCGUACACGCUGGACUACGGCCUGGGGAUCGAGUGCACGGUGCCGUCGUGUCCCAGCGGCAGCCACCGGGGCCUGUGGCUGGUGCCGCUCAACAGCCUCUAUCGGACAACCUUGCACAGCAACGGAUCGCGCGCGCUCAACAGCUGCGCCAUGCCCGACACGUGCACACCGCAGCCCACCACGGAGAAGGACACGCUGGAUUUCCUCAGGUCAAAUUUCGAGCGGUUCUACCACACCAACAGGGCUCCGUUCCCAGUGUUCACCCACGAAACCUGGCUGCAGAAUCCAGGGCGAAGACAGGGUUACCUUUCCUUCGUCGACUGGCUCCUUACCAUGGACGACGUGUUCGUCGUCACCGUGGCCGAACUGGUGCGGUUCAUGCGCGACCCCAAGCCCCUCGGCGAGUAUGCGCAGAUCAUGUGCCCGAGAGCCUCGGAGUUCCAGCGUUGUCCGCAAGUCUACUCGUGCUCGUUUCCCGAUGCGCCGAUCAGUGAAACGCGUCAGCUCAUCGGCUGCAAACCGUGUCCCGAAAGUUACCCAUGGUUGCGAGACGACGUGCGAAAAGCGAAGGACGGCGCACAGGCAGUCUGGCAACAGUACUUUGACGCCGGCUGCGUUCUUCUGUUCUGCCUGGCAGGCGUCGUCUGUCUCUACGUUGCUGCGAAGCGGUUUGGACGUCGUAAGACGCACACCCUUUAGCACACCAUUCUUCCCGCUUAGUCGGCGGAUUUCUUGUUUACCCGAUGCCAGAAUUGUAUCUGUCGACGCUAAUAAAUUUGAAACCGUCGUUUCGUGUGUAGUGCACGAAUUUUUCAAUAAUGCAUGAUCUAAAUUUUUUACAAUGUCAAGCUAAAGCAGCCGCAUUGAAAACGUCAUCCAUGACUCAGCGUGCUGCUAAGCACGAGGCUGAAGGUUCG